AUGUCAAAUCGAAUGCCGUCAAUCAGUUGUCAGCUUAAGAAAAAGACUUCUCAGCCUAGUAAAAUCUACCUCUAAUUUUUUUCCAUCUGUUGCUUUUUGAUUAGUAUUUUGGUUGUGUUAAAUAAAAAUAGCUCUUAUUAUUUCACUUACAAUAUAGAUAUGCCCAUAAAGUUUGGAUUUCCUACACAGUAAACCUAAAUAAUAUGUACUUUGAUAAUACUGGGUUAGCCGUAGUGGGCCAACCAGAAAACCCAGGUUUAGUUGGUAUGGAAGAAGACUACGUACAAACUCACUGCAUUUUGGCUGAUGGAGGUGAUAGAUUUGGAGUCUCGGCCCUAACAUUUGAUAAACAAGAAGAAUUGUUAUGGAUGGGAAAUCAAGGAGGCCAUGUUACAUCCUAUAUUGCACCUGGAUUUUCAAAAUACACGUCUUUUCAAAUACACGCUACAGAAGAAGUGAGACAAAUAUUAACUCUAGAUGACGGUAUUUUAGUUCUAACAGCUAGUACAUUGAGGUAUCAAAUUAGACGGGGAAUACCAGUAUACACUCACACGUCUCAAAAUAUGAAUGAAAUGCAGUGUAUAUUACAGAUGUCGCCUAGUAGAUUUUUAUUGGGAAGCCACCGGGAAAAACUUAUAGAUUUCAACCUAAGUGUUGGAAAAGAAACUGUAGUGACUGAAGUUGGAGAGGGGUGUGUUAUGCUGAGACCUCACAGCAGAUUUAUUUGUGCUGGAAAUCCAUUAGGCCGGAUAGAUUUGAGAGACCCAAACAGUCUGAAUGUGGAACACAGCAUUGACACACAUACAGGAAGUUUAAGCGAUUUUGAUGUGCAAGGAAAUCUUCUAGUCACAUGUGGAUUUAGUAAUAGGCAUAAUGCAAUGGCUGUUGAUAGAUUUUUGAUGGUUUAUGACUUGCGAAUGCUACGAGCAGUAUCUCCGAUGCAAACUGUUAUAGAUCCUUUCUUUUUGAAAUUUGUCCCUUCUAUUUCAUCUAGAUUAGCUGUUGUUUCUGUGAUAGGCCAGAUACAGUUGCUUGAUACAAUAGCGUUGGCCGAACCAAAACUGUGUUUAUUUCAAAUGGAAAACCCAGGCGCUCUGUGUUUAACUUUCGACAUAUCAUCAAGUAGCCAAAUCAUGGCUUGUGGGGACAAUGCUGGUCACAUACACGCUUUCUCAAGCUCCAACUCGUCCGUAUCUGUGAUCAAUACCUAUUCUAGACCAUGUGAAAUGCCAGAUACACCUACUGUUUAUCCGAGUUUCAGUAUAGACGAUUAUAACACACCUCUGUCGAUAAUUCCUAUGCCGAUAGUACCUCCAGAAAUCCCCCUUGCUUCCGAUUGGCCGUUACAUCUUACUCAGAGAGUAUACAGAAAACCUGUAGGUAUUGAUCCCGAAAUUAUUUCAACAAUGAAAAUGCAAGGCCCUAUAGGAUAUGCUCCAAAUCCAAAAACAUCGAGGAGAAAUCAAGUUCCCUAUGAUUUUGGUCAAAAUGGGUACUCCCAUAAUAUGUCCCACAUCAAUAGAAGCCCAAAACACAACGAGGAUAAUAGUAAUUUCAUUGCAAUUCCUAAGAGAUACAGAAAAGUUGAUGUCAAAUACAAUAAAAUGGGAACUGAUGAUUUCCAAUUUGAUCAUUACAAUAAGACUGGGUUUUCUGGAUUGGAAGCUACUUUACCUAAUUCUUAUUGCAAUGGUAUGCUUCAGGUGUUGUAUUUUAUUGAACCAUUGCGUGCAGUGUUGUUGAGCCAUUCCUGUACAAAAGAAUUUUGCCUUUCAUGUGAACUCGGAUUUUUAUUUCACAUGCUUUCUACUUCUUCACAAAAUCAGCCGUGCCAGCCAGGUAAUUUUCUCAGAGCCUUUCGAACUGUACCUGAAGCAUCUGCCCUUAGUUUGAUAUUGAGCGAUCUUCAUCCAGAUGCCAAACAAAAAAUGGAAUUAUCUGCUUUAAUUCAGAGUUGGAAUAGAUUCAUAUUACAUCAGAUGCAUGUAGAGUUAAUAGAAACCAAGAAAAAAAAUGAAGAUCGAAAAGUUUCCAGAAAACCUUUUAUCUACAAAGAAACUGACUUUCCGAGUAUAUCAGGAGAGAAGAUUAAAGAAAAGAAAACAGCUGCUGAAGAUAUUGACGCUAAAUUAGAAGAUGAGAAAAGGGAAGAUAUUUCAGAAAUUAGUCAAUUAUUUGGAACCAAGCAGCUUCAGUUGAAUUGUUGCCUUAAAUGUAAUAAUGAAGUUAGGAAAGAAUCGUUUUUACUGGCCUGUAAUUUAGUAUAUCCUUCAUUUCCUUCUGGGCAGGAUGAAUGGAGUUUCUGUGAUAUUUUAAAAAGAUCUCUUUGUCCGAAACAAACAACUCCUGCUUGGUGUGAAAAUUGUUCAAAAUUUUCACCCACAUCACAGUCUAGAGUACUGCAGUCUCUUCCGAGUAUUUUAUCUAUCAAUACUGGGUUACACAACGUUCAACACAAACAGUUUUGGCAAACGCAAAUGGAUAAAGUAGUAGCAAAAGUUUCUAAUUUAGAUGUAAAUAAUAGAGCUUCUACACCUACUGCAGUUCUGGGAUCCUCGAAACCUUGCAGAUAUGGAGAUCAUUGUUCAAGACCAGGAUGUCGGUUUAGGCAUAGUUUUGAUAAUGCAGUACCUGUACCUCCUUCCAAGAAUCCUUACUGUAGCAACAAUUGGUUGCCCCAUAAGGUUCAGUUAGUUUUAAAAGAAGACGAACUAGAAAUAACUAAAAUUGAGAGUGACAAAGAGGAAGUAUCUGCAUCAGAAGAUAUUCAUAAUAUGAAGAAAUAUGAACUUUCGGCUGUUGUUUGUUAUAUUAAUGACCAAUCUACAUCUGAAAAACGAAACUUAGUGGCUUUAAUUCGAGUACCUGAUUCCUACUUUAAAGACAGAGAUAAAGAAUCGGACCAGACGUGGUAUUUAUUUAAUGAUUUUAGUAUCAGUCCUGUUUCUUCACACGAAGCUACCUGGUUUAGUCUUGAUUGGAAAAUACCAUGUGUUCUCUUUUAUACAUGUAAUGAUGGUGUAGGCAACACACCUGAAGUGAAACAGAAGCUGCUCAGGGAUGUUUUAUUGGAAGACACGUCUCUAGCAGUGACAGGUGGAUCUCGAGGAAUAUCUUUCAGUCCGUUACAAGACAACGAAAUUUUAAAACCGGGAGAUUUAGUUGCAAUGGAUGCGGAAUUUGUUACACUGAACCAAGAAGAAGCUGAAAUAAGAAGUGAUGGAAAAAUGUCUACUAUUAAACCUUCUCAAAUGUCAGUCGCAAGAAUAACGUGUAUUAGAGGGAGUGGUCAAUUAGAAUACACACCUUUUAUAGAUGAUUAUAUCUCAACUCAAGAACAAGUUGUCGAUUAUUUAACAAAAUUCUCGGGUAUUAAACCUGGUGACUUGGAUGCAAAUUUCAGUUCUAAACAUUUAACAACAUUGAAAUCUACUUACAAAAAAUUGAGAUACUUAAUCGAUAUUGGGGUAAUUUUUGUUGGACAUGGGCUAAAAAACGACUUCAGGGUGAUUAAUUUGGUUGUUCCUCCUGAACAAAUAGUCGAUACCGUGCAAUUAUUCCACUUGCCCCAUCAUAGAAUGGUGUCGUUGCGAUUUCUAGCGUGGCAUUUCUUAGGAAUGAAAAUUCAGUCUGAAACUCACGAUUCGAUUGAAGACGCUAGAGCAGCCCUCCAACUGUAUAAAAAGUACAAACAAUUAGAAGAACAAAAAAAGGUAGGAGAUGCAUUAGCUGAAUUAUAUGAAACAGGUAAAUUGCUGAACUGGAAGGUACCAGAAGACUAAAUGCAAAUACUGAAAAAAAAGAAUUGGAAAUACUAUAUAAAAAUAGUCAAGAUGAUAUUACUUUUAGAUAUGUAAGUUAAAAAUUUAGGAGGAGAAAAAAACGUGUUCUCAGUGGCAAGAGAUUAGUUGAGACUACAAAAGAAUAUUCUAGAACAAAUUUGUUAUAACACGAAAAAACUUCUAAAUCUAAAUAUUCCUUAAAUCUGUUUAUAUGAUUUGAAAUGGAAUUAUUCAACAAAUUGAUUUUAGUUUGAAAUUAUUUUACAACACAUGAAACAGUCUUGAAAUUUUAAUUGUAUGUCCAAUUUGUAGAUAAACGUGUUAGAAAUUUUAACCAAGUGUCAGAAGAAAGCGUUUUCAUUUAUUCAAUGAUUUCUAUAACAAUUUUGUUUAAAUAACGUGAAAAUUAAUCCUUUUCCAAAGUUUUUGAAACUUAACUUUUUUUAUACUAUGUGUGUUUAUCUUUUUGUAAUCAAUAUGCGACUAUUGAAAUUUGUUGAAUCAAACUUGCUUAAAAUUUCUCUUGUAAAAUUACGUUGUUAAUUGAUUGAGGUUAACUCAAUUUAAAAAUAAACUUUUUAGGUUCAAAAUUAUAGGUAAAACAAUCAAAACAAAUACUAACAAGUUAACUAAAAAUAUGAAUCAUAUAAUAGAAAUUUUAGGCAUAAAAUCAGAUUAUCUGACCAAUGUUGUAUGAAUUUUAUUUCAUGUCUUGAUAAUUGUGAAAAUAUGUAUUUUAAUUCUGACAUGGUAAAUUAGACAGGUAUUCACUUCUGUUUUGAUACUUGAUAUAGAUCUAUUUGUUUUGAAAAUAUACUUUCAGAAAAAUUUUAUCUUAUUAAUAUAGAUAUAUGACAAAUUUAAGGUACAAAAUAAAAAACAAAUACUUCCAAUUUUUCUAUACAACAUUUAUAAACAGAAUUAAGGUUUAAUAUUCCCACUUGUUUGAUAAUACUGUUUAAAAUAUUGAUAAAAGAAUAAGGAAAAAGAAAGAAAUAAAUAACAGAAAUAUUGAUAUAUUUUAAGGUUACAGGAACAUUCGUUCACAUAAAACUGGCGUUUAUCACGUGAAACAUUUUCAUUCUCUCAAAAACAAUAUUAAUUAUAUCAAUAUUUUACUUUGAAAAUGUAUUUCAAUCAAUAAUACUGGGUUUUCCAAAAAAACUAUUUGAGUUUUGUUUAGUUUACUAUUGUAUACAAUACAAAACCAUUAUGCUAAAAAUCCCAUGUCCCUUAAAACGUUAAACAGGCAAAAUCCAGAAGUGCUCAGAAAAAGCUCUAAUUUUGAUGAUUUUUUUAUUUUGUUUUUUAUAUUAUUCCAAUCCAGCAAAUUUUUUAUGUGAGAACAAUAUAUUGUUUAAACAAUAUACGUGAUAUUAAUGUAAUUUAGUUCCAUCUAUGUUUAUUAUUAUAAUAAUGGUUUUAGUUUUUUGUGAUUAUUCAAUUUUAAUGAUAUUUGUAUGCAUUAAUUAUUAGUUUUCAUUUAUGCUUCACCUUGGGUUAGAAAAUUGUCUCAGUACACACAACCAAAAUGUUGCCACCCACGUCUAAUAGAACAUUUCGAAUGUUCAAAAUUUGCCCAAUGCUUCACAGUAUCUACUUACUUAACUACCGUACAGAGGUAUAAUUGUAAAAUAAAUUGAGCUUGUAAUCAAUCUAUUAAUGAAAGAGUAUACUGUUCUCUCCUAUUUUAUUUCAAACGAAUAAUUGAAAUAAAUUAAUAGGUACGUGAAUACGACUAAGAGACUAAAUUCCCAGUCGGAAAUGAAAACAAUACAUAUAUGAACAGAGGAGAGCCUUACGUUAAUGAACAGUCUGCGUUCAGAAUAUAGAGCAACGAGUUAGAUUGACGAGCUAUCGGGAAUAUAAUAGGGAUGAUAUUCCAAGAUAAGGGUGUGUGGACUUCAAUUUGCAACUAUUUCUACCAUUAACAGUACGUGAUAAACUUGCUAUCAAAUAUGUCUAGUUAGCGAUAUAAAUAUAAAGUCUCGGUUUCAAGAAAGCUCCAAGAAAAAUAUGCCUUUAAUUACCAAUGCUAUGGAAUGUCAUACUCGUGUAUGACUAGAAGCCAUACCUGCGAAUGGAACAUUUCGAGUGUUCAAAUUUAGGUGAAAAAAGAGUCUCAAAAAGGUAGAAUUCGAAUGCUAACGAUUUUUAGAAAAUAUGCAGCGGGUUUCAAUUAUAUCCUUCACGUUAAUUUCAGGGAUUUACUUGUUCUUCUGACAAUUAGGUUUAUUGAAUUUUAUUUGUAUUCUGAAGAUAUGAAAUGAUUUCUGGAGUCAACUAAGAAUUGUUGGAGGUAACCAAUGAAGUUUAAAUGAAAUUUUUCAUUGUAUACCUAAUCUUGUAUAACAUUGAUUGUGGUAAUCUUGAUUUAUUUGUUGUCGUCUUAAAUUCACUUCAUAGGAUAAAUUGUACGAAGAAUGAUAAAUUUCUUCGUUUCAUUCCAUCCUGCGUGAUUCCUAGAUUAAAAUUUGGAUUCUAUUAAGAGGGCUUCGGGCUUUAAUUGGAUUUCUUUAGCUGUAAAAUGAGGUUUCUACAAUUCAUGGUUUGAACGAAAAUUUAAUUCCUUUUUUGUACAAAAAAUAUUGAAAAAAUUCUGUAGUGAAUAAAGUUUUGUUUCCAUCGUUCCAUAAUAAUAAAUACUCACUUGUUUUUAAUACUGUUAUUACAUAUUGAUAUAUAAUUUACAAUUAUAUUUACUAGUAAUAUGAAAAUGUGUUAUAAAUAUCUCUUCUAAUUUUCAUUGGACGUGAUAGAAAAUAAUAGUUUUGUUCAACAUUGAUGUUGUUUCAACAAUAUAAAUUAUUUGCUCCUCUAUCCGAAAGUUUUUUAAUUAUAAAAAUUUAAUAAAAAAACAUCAAAGUCGGCCAUUUUUAAAUGAAACGACAAUCAAGUACAAAUCUUUUCUAAGAAUUAAUAUACACUUCAAUUAAUAUAUACAUUUCUUACUUGAAUAGUAAGACAUAUAAUUAAUAAUAAUCAGGAAUUCGUACUUCUGAAUUGGAGUCCACAAUCUAUAUCACAUUUUGCAAUUUGCAUUUCUUGUAUUUAUUUUUCCUAUAAUGAUUGGUUAGUAGUUGAUGUUGUGUUUAUAUCUGAUCAUUAUGUGGUAAUGAUUAUUUGAUCCAAAUAACUUUUCAAUAUUUAUGUUUAUCUUCACUUCCUAAAAAUUCAGAUACUACAUCUGAAUAUAAUGCUAUUUUAACAUAGCGAUAAAUAUAUUUAGUAGGAUAUAUGAAUAAUUUUAUCAACUACAAAAUUUAACCAACAACAUAUUUAUGAAUAAUUAAAAAACAAAAGAAUGGUUUUGCAACCAAGUGAAAGCAGGGUCAAAAUUAAAAGGUCGACAUUAAUCGUUCUUGAUCAUGACUUAUGUUAUUGAUAUUCGUUUUUAACGUCUUGACAUUAUAUGAUUUUCUGUAAAUAAAUGAAUUUGUGUGUAUUCACAAAUUAGUAAUGUUUCAUCUUGGUUUGAUAUAUAGUUUAACAGCAUAUAUGUGUCUUGUAUUUUAUUAUAUAUACUAUUAUCAUCGUGAAUAAGAAAAUUCUCAGAAACAAGUUCUCCCACCUCUACAUGAUUAAACUCCUGACAUUGUCGACCCAUACUUGAAAAAUAAACUGAAUGAUUCCAUUUUCGUCCAACUCUUUCCAUAUUUGAACUAAUCUUUUAUAGGAUCGUUGACAUACAGACAAUAUUUGGACUUAUCAGUAAAAAACAUCCAUCCUCAGUCAGCCUUAGCCUAAUUUUCUUGUUUUCUUUCUCUUUGGAAUCUACGGUUGGUUCAAGGCACCAAGCAGCAAUCCUAGUUUUUAAAUUAGAUUAGAUUUGUGGUAUCUGUGAGAUGGUUGUAUGAGAGACUUAAAUCGACGACACUAUAGUUACAUUCUUAUAUGAUUUUAGCACAUUCAUCAUGAAUUAAAUUUUCAUGUUGGCUUACCAUAAGUUAUUUUUGUAAAUAUCCAAAGGAAUACAAUACGCGUGCACUACACUCGAACACUAAAUCGAUAUAAUUUAUAGAAAAAGUUGCAUUUCACGGCAUAAAGUAGAGUUAAUGAAGAUGAAGAGAAA